CUCCUCUGUAGGAUCCAGUCCCCAGCUUGCACCAAGUUCUGUAAGCUGAUAUGCAGCUGUUAUAAAAGAGGAAGAGAGAAACAAGGAGAGCUGAUAAGGUAUUGUGUGCGCUCAGCAGAGGGUGGUAAUUUUAUUGGUGUGCGUAGGUUUCAGAAGUAUGCAGUUCCUGCUUUGUGAAGCAAUUAGCUUUAGUUCCACAUGAAACUGCCUGUUCUUAGCUAACCUGUCAUGCUGACCACUGAGAAGAGAGCUUGCAAUCUAUGCUCAGCUAUCAAGCUGGACUCUUGGAGUCCAUUUGGUGUGAAUUUUGGAAACUCUGAAGCUGCUUUGGUGAAUUGUGAUGGAAUGUGUUCUGCUGCUGGCGCUGUUGAGAAAUACCUUGUCUGGUUUCCGAAUGCAGCGUGGUGAACAGGACAAAGUGGAUUUGUGGCUGUGUUUCUGGAAGCAAGAUUAAAUCGAUGGUGUUACUGUGGGAGGAGUUCCUAUUUAUUUAUUUAUUUACUUAUUUUACCAUGAUCACUCAUCAAGAAAAUAGUAUAGUCCAAGGUGAUGAUGUGGAAGAAAAUAAUCAAGAAAUGUCUACCAAUUUAAAGUACCUUUCCUUGGGCAUCCUGGUUUUUCAGACCACAAGUUUAGUGUUGACAAUGCGUUACUCUCGGACACUGAAAGAAGAAGGACCUCGUUACUUGUCCUCUACUGCAGUAGUUCUUGCUGAACUUCUGAAGAUUUUGUCCUGUGUUCUACUGGUCUACAAAGACAGCAAGUGCAAUUUACGGACCCUGAACAGAGUGCUACAUGAUGAAAUUCUUAAUAAGCCCAUGGAAACUCUUAAACUUGCCAUUCCUUCAGGAAUUUAUACUCUUCAGAAUAACUUGCUCUAUGUAGCAUUGUCAAACCUAGAUGCAGCCACAUACCAGGUUACAUAUCAACUGAAAAUUCUUACCACGGCACUAUUUUCUGUGUCCAUGUUAAGCAAGAAAUUGGGUAUAUACCAGUGGCUGUCAUUAGUAAUUUUGAUGACAGGAGUGGCGUUUGUGCAGUGGCCUUCAGACUCUCAAGCAACAGCUGCUAAGGAGCAUUCAGCAGGAUCUCAGUUUGUAGGCCUGAUGGCAGUUCUUAUUGCAUGCUUUUCUAGUGGAUUUGCAGGCGUUUAUUUUGAGAAAAUUUUAAAGGAAACUAAGCAGUCUGUGUGGAUACGAAACAUUCAGCUUGGAUUCUUUGGCAGCAUAUUUGGACUGAUGGGUGUAUAUAUAUAUGAUGGAGAGCAACUGUCAAAAAAUGGAUUUUUUCAAGGAUAUAAUAAACUUACUUGGAUAGUUGUGGUUCUACAGGCACUUGGAGGCCUGGUGAUUGCUGCCGUUAUAAAAUACGCAGACAACAUUUUAAAGGGAUUUGCAACUUCUCUCUCUAUUAUACUUUCAACAUUGAUCUCCUAUUUCUGGCUUCAGGAUUUUGUUCCUACAAGUGUCUUUUUCUUCGGAGCCAUCCUUGUAAUAGCAGCUACUUUCCUAUAUGGUUAUGAUCCAAAACCUGCAGGAAAUCCCAUUAAGGCAUAGCUGACUUCUUUAUCAACAUGCUUCUCAAGAUCGUACACUGGGGGCCUUGCUAAAAAUGGCAUGUGGAAGGUGCCAUGGUGCACUGCAAGGAGAGGAUUACUACCCUGAAUCUAGUGAAGAAAUUUUUGAGUAGUUUUGAGCCAAAGGGGCUAAAGAUGGAAGAUGAUACUGUCUGUGACUGGUAGAAAAAAUGACAGGGGAAAGCCCUGUGCAACUCGCUAACAAAAACUUGAAAUGAAUGAAAAGUUUCCAAGAAACUGCAACUAGGAAUGUUUACAGCUUUGACCUGGGAUUGCAUCAAAAGAAUUUACUGUAUUGACUGCUGCACUCUGUCCUAUGCACUCUUUGAAAGAGCACAUGACAACGUUGUCAGAUUGUAUGUUUUUGCAAUUUUGACUCUAUUUAAUGUUAGUACGUGUUUUUAACUGUUUGUCUAUUUACAUGAAGUCAACUGAAUGCACAUUGUAGUCCUAAAGUGAUGGUUCUAAUUAGGUAUUCCUUAUUAAAACUAUGAAAAUCGAAGUAUGAUUGAAAGACAUUUUCACAAUAACAAAUAUUUUUAUAUUUUAGAAGGCUGAUUUAAUAACAGAGGUCUGUGUUCUGUUGCUUAUAUAAAGCUAUUGUAAGAAUGUUAAUGUUCUCACCGGUGCGCUAAGGGAGAAACUGAGAAUGAAAGCUGGAAGUCUGUGUUGAUACUCCAGCCGUCAUGAGGAUAACCUGUAGUGUUCCAGCAGAUGCAAUAACUCUUUGAGCACAGGACACAGUUUGCUGCAGUAAUCUGGCACUAUGAGGUGGGUUAUAAUGGAGUGCUUGCUCAGAUGUAAUGUUCAUUGUUUUUUAUUUUUAUUGAUUAUAAAUCAACUUAUUGGGAGAACUUCUAAAGUAGAAUGUAGUGGGGGUUUUUUGUGUUUUUUUUUUGUUUUGUUUUUUGUUUUUUUGUUGCUUUAAAUAUCCUCUGAGGAUUUAUUUUUUACCUGCAAUUAAAGAAAAAGAAGCAGCCCAUAAUAAACAUUUUAAAUGCAUUGUUGUUGUCUGUUACAGCUCCAGAUUGAGCCAUUGUAUUACAUGAAUCUGUGUACUGUACUGUAUUUUAUUACAGAGGCUUUUAUUUUAUUUUAUUUUAUUUUUUUUACAAUUCCUGUUUACUCAUGAACUCUCAAAGGCCGUCUCAGUACAUUUGUAUUUAAUGGCAUAAUUAGGGUUGUUGUUGUUAUUAUUAUUAUUAUUAAUAAUAAUUUUGUUCUGGGAGUCCCUGAGCUAACAGACCAAAUGGAUUCUGUGGGGCUAUUCAGUCUAGUAGCGGAAUUACUUUAAUAGGAAGGAGAAUGAAAAAGUACUGAAUUGUGCAAUAGAUAAGUAUAAAAGCAUGCUAUUCUUUCGUUUUCAACCAAAAAAAAAUAUAUAUGUAUAUCACAAAGAAACAUGCAAAAUCAACUGUUAGGAACAUUUUGUUUGUUGAAGUACUUGUGUAUAGUGAACUGAGAAAGAAACACACAAAAACAGUGCCGGAACAGUAAACAAAGAAAGAAAAGGCUUAAAAAUCACUUGGUUUUUGGAGAUCUAUUCACAAUGGAUAUAAAUGUAGGUGACUUCUUACCUAUUCAUUACAUAUGUAAAGGUAUAUAUUAUCAUAUCAGUAACAUAUCAGUAGUCCCUUCCCAUUCAGCUAAGUGUUAAAAACAUUUGUUGUUGCUGUUGUUCCUUUUCCCUCUGCUCUAUCUCACUUCUUUCCUGUGCUGGAUAUGAUGUGAAGAGAGAGGUGUUUCACAAUGUUUACCAAAGUACCUCAGUCUGUUUUCCACAACAACUCAGUCAUGGAUUGCAAAUAGACGAUUCUCUAAGAGGACUCUGAGAUUUUUAAUUACAUGUUUAAUUAAUAUUUAAUUAAAUAUUGUAAAAGAAUAAGGAAAAAAAAAUCUAAUUAGCCAAGUAAACAUAGUCUUUUCUUUUGUUGUUGAUAACAUGAAUUAUGUCUGUAGCAUCAGAGUAAGCCAGUGAAGAAAUUUCAGUUAUGCCAAGGGCUGACUAAGCUUUCUGAGCUGUGAAUCUACCCCAGCAUGCCGUAAGUGCAAGAGCUAUGCUACUCAGUAGUUAAAAUUAUCUGAUAUUACCCUAAGUUGACAUCCUAUUUUAAUCUUAUUGUUUCACCUGUAACGCUCAAUCUGCCUAAGUGAAAAAUGACAUUUAGUCACCUCGCCACUGAAAUGCAGCAUGAGGUCAGAUGUAUGCAAAGAAUAGUGGUUCACAGCAUUGUUUAGUGCAGAACGGGAGGUAUGUGUGACUGAAAUGAUUUGAUGAGUCUUGUAGUAAUGUUUGGCCUACGCAGUGGUAAUACUUUUGAUUUCGUGAAUCACAAAUCACAGUAGUGGAAAUGCUCAGGCCAUAUAAUAGGAUACUUUGUUGAGGAGUUUCUCAAAAAUCAGGAGAAGCAGGUUAAGAAUGUAAAACCAAUUGCAUAGAAAGGGACCAAAUAGGCCAAACGACACGGUUUUAAUAUAUCAGGAGCAUCAAGUUGGUCUUUAAGCUUUUAGGAAAUAACAGGAAUAUGUGAUCUUUGCUUUUGAAUAGAUGUCAUCUUACAGCCUUGGAAUAUCAUGAAUGUGCUGUAUUAGGGAUCAUUAACUUCUGUGGGUAGAUAAAGGACUGUCAGUUUCCAGUCCAUUAUGUUUUCUAGCAGAAGUGUAAAUCUCUUAACAUGUUUCUGACAGUAAAGGAAAUAAGAGUUUUUAGUUUUGGCUGCCUUUCCUCAGCUGUUUACAGAGCCUGGAGGCCCUACAGGUUAAAAAGCAUUAUCCAGGAGAAGAGGGAUGGCGCUGCUUCUUGUGAUGAAGGGUUUGAGGAAGUUUGCAACUGUUACAGAAAGCAAUCAGUUUGAGAGCAUAAGUGUUUUUUUCCCUUUGGGAUGCUUUGGAUCUGAGGAAAAAAGAAGAUCUUUCUGAUCUGUGUUUCUGAAUUUAAGACAAUGGAAUUUGUAGUUUAGCUGUAUAUUUAGGAAUUUAAUCCACAAUCAACAGGAUUUUAUUUAAAUAUUUAUAAAGUUAUAGCUAGGUAUUUAUUUGCGUAAUUUGAAUUAUGUCUUUUUUUAAAGGCUUACAUAAUAGGAUCAGUAGUAUUUAUUGAAUACUGGGAUGCUUAGUAGGGUUGUGUUGGUUUGUUUGUUUUAGUCUCUGGGAUACGUGAUAAAUGGUGAAAUACCAGUAAGCUAUUAAAACUUUGUUCAAAGCAAAACAAAUCAUCAGUUCAGUGGUGAAAACUCUUAAAUCUAACAUGGUAAGACAAACUUUCCUUUAAAUUUUGUAUUUUUGUGCUGUCCACAAGUGCCCGGUGAUCCUUGUCUCAAAGAACUCUGAUAACUACAGCUUUUUGAAAGUCCUUUGUUUAGACAAACUGCAACAACACUUGUACAAGAUAAUACCUGUUUAUACUUUAACUUUUUAAGAUGUUUGUUUUACCUUUGUUCUCAAAGAAAUGAUGAUGUUUUGUUAGCAUAUACUUACAUUUCAGUUACUCAUGUGGUCCUUUUUCAGAUUUUUAAGAGCAUAUGAUCAUUUUGUGUUCCUGACUUCGUUUUAUGGCUGUAAUUUGAGCAACUGUAAUAGAGUUUGUUAAAUUGUUUUAACAUUGAUAAAUGAGACUUUGCAUUUCUUACGGUUUUUGUUGUCAGUAACUUUCAUGUUUUAAUGUGUUUCCUUAUCACCAUGUAUGUUCUGUUGUGUGUAAGCAAUUGCCACGUACAGAUUUGAAGUUGUUA